UUCCCCUCUUAUCAGAUUUACCUGAUUUUGGGUGGCAAAUGGCAAAACCACUAUUUUCCUGCUGUAUUGCAUGUUUUGUGCUCUUGCAUAAAACCACCAUAGGAACUCUGAAAUAUUAUCCAAAACUGACUUUGAUUUCUCCGGAGAGAUGCAUGAAAUUGACGGUGCUGAGCAUGGAAAAGCACCAAAAGUCAUGGAGAUCACAGAUGUUUUCUCCAAUUUGACAACAGCCUUCCCUUUCCCCAAGGCAGAGAGUAGUUCCAGAAUGCCAGCUGCUUUAUCCUGUUAAUGAUAAAUGGACUUGCUUGGCGUGGAGUCCAUGGCUGGAAUGCAGGACAGCUGGAGCCAAGAUCAGUCUGUUGCAAUUCCCAACAGGCUCAUCUUCUUGCAGCGCUGGUCAUAUGGAAAGUUCGGCCAGCAUAUGGUGGAAACAAGGAGCGCUCGUAGAGACUUUCAGCUCCUUCAUGAAUUGGCCUUCUCUUCAAUCAAAGAAUGAUUUUGAAACCUGCCUUUACCUUGGGAGGCCGUGUGGCUUCUGUGGCUUGUCGUGUUCUCCAAAUAAGAAGAUACUUGAACGGCAGCGACUUCUGCAUCCAUCCUUUGGUGAGGGAGGCCCUGGACAGCAGGAGGCCUGUCGUUGCCUUGGAGAGCACCAUCAUUACACAUGGCAUGCCAUAUCCCCAGAAUCUGAGCAUGGCCAGAGAGGUAGAAGAAAUAAUAAGAGCAAAUGGGUCUGUGCCAGCAACUAUCGGCAUUUUAAGUGGUCGCAUCCACGUGGGCCUCCAGAAUGAACAGCUUGAGACUUUGGCCAAGAGCAAAAAAACAAUAAAGGUGUCUCGGAGAGAUCUUCCCUACAUUCUCAGUCAGGGCUUGUCUGGUGGUACAACUGUGGCUGGAACCAUGAUUGUGGCACACAAAGCAAAGAUCCCUGUAUUUGUGACAGGAGGAAUUGGAGGGGUUCACCGCGGAGGAGAGAAGACUUUGGAUGUGAGUGCGGACCUGACAGAAUUAGGCCGUACUCCGGUUGCCGUGAUUUCGGCAGGUGUGAAGUCUAUACUGGAUAUUGGCAGGACAUUGGAAUAUCUGGAGACUCAAGGUGUCUGUGUGGCCACCUUUGGCGACUCCAGAGAGUUCCCAGCCUUCUUCUGCCAUCAGAGUGGCUUCCAGGCCCCAUAUCAUGUGCAGAACGAGGAGGAUGCUGCACAGCUGAUUGCCAGGUCCCUGAAUUUGCAGUUGGGCAGUGGAGUGCUGAUUGCAGUGCCCUGCCCUGAGGAUCAAGCUGCUUCAGGACAGCUUAUUGAAGAAGCAAUCCAGCAGGCUUUGAGAGAGGCUCGGGAAAAAGGGAUUACAGGAAAGGAGCUUACACCCUUCUUGCUGCAGAAGCUAAACAAGUUAUCUAGUGGGGAGUCACUUAGAUCCAAUAUUGCCUUGAUCAAGAACAACGCCAAGGUGGGCAGCCGCAUAGCUGUGGCCCUGAACAAGAUUCAAAGAGCCCAGGGCUGGGGAGACGACUUGGCUCAAAAUGAAAAAGUAUCUCCUGUACCAAGACCGGUGGUCAUUGGUGGCAUCAACGUCGAUUUCAUAGCCAAGGCAAGAGAUGCAACAAUAGUGGGUGGAGGACAGACAAAUCCAUCAACAGUGAGACAGUCGUUUGGAGGUGUAGGGAGAAAUCUAGCAGAUUGCUUAAGUCGUCUUGGGAAGACCCCGCUCUUUAUCUCUGUCAUGGGGAAGGAUGAGCAUUCAGAGUCCGCCCUACGCUACUGCAAGCAUAUGGACAUGAGAGGUGUCUUGCGACUGGAAGGGCACAACACAGCCACCUAUUGUUCCGUAUUCACCGGCAGCGGAGAGCUCUCCCUGGGCUUGGGAGACAUGGACAUCCACCAGCAGAUCACCGAGCAAUACGUGUCCACGUUCAAGGAGACUCUCUGCUCGGCCCCACUUGUGUGCAUUGAUGGGAAUGUGCCCGUGUCCACUAUUCAGUAUGUCUGUCAGAUUGCCAGGGAGCAUCACCUAGCAGUGUGUUACGAGCCGACAGAUGUGGACAAGGCUUCUAAGCCAUUCCUUUCAGAAAGCUGGAGAGCCCUGGCCUGCAUAUCUCCCAAUCUACGGGAACUAAGAGCAAUCAACCGGACCCUGGGACAUCCUGUUUCGGCAGAUAUGCCAUCUACAUUGGAAGAUGCUGUCAAAACCUCUCUGACCCUGGCCCGGCCCUUACUGGGAGAGUUGUACUUUGUAGUUGUGACACUUGGCCAACAUGGCGUCCUGGUUUGCAGCCGGAACAUGGAUGGGAGGCUCUGUCUUCGCCCUGGAACUUUCAACAAGGCCACUGCUGCAGAUGAGUUGUGUGCUGUUCACUACCCAGCGAUCCCUGUCCCCGCGGAGGAGAUAGUCAAUGUCUCUGGAGCAGGUGACAGCUUAAUGGCUGGAAUCCUCGCCGGGCUGCUUGCUGGAGAAGACAUGGAUGAUUGUGUCCGGAUGGGCCUCUUGUCCGCCAGCUUCUCCCUCCGUUCUUAUGAGCCAGUUUCGCCAGACAUCAGUGCCACCAGCGUGAAUGUGGCAAGGCUCAAGGCUCAGCAGUGGCCUGUGGCGAAGCGCUGGAAGUUGACUUAAGAGUUGGGCAGCCCCUUCUGCGCCCUGAAAUGGGCAGAUGCACCAACAUCUCUCUCUCCUACCUGGGCCUGCUUUUGAACUGAAUCAAGUGGGCUCUGUGAUUGCAUGAGGAGAAGAGGAAGGGAGGCUGGCUGGCUGGGUCUCUCCAUCUUCCCUUUCUCCCUUCACCAUUCUUUACUGCUAGGCCCAGUGCUUUUUUUCUAAAAAACCGUUUAAGGGUACUCUCAUUCUGACUCAAGAAAAUCACCAUUUUAUAGUUCAAAUUGGGAA